AUGGCGCCUCCUGGACCCAACGAGCAGCCGCAGAACGGUCAUUCCGCAACUCAUGGACUUUUGAGUAAAGAUACUCCUGAUAUUGAGGUGAGGGGAUAGUUUAAAAAAAUUUUAAGAACGAACUGGAAAAACUCAAAAAGAAGUUUGAAUUUGUUAAAAAAACAGGGAAAAAAAGAAAAGAACUUUGAGAAAAUUCAAUAUGUUUCAAAUAUUCUCAAACUGUGCUUUUUUUAAUUUGGCUUUUUGAAUGCGCUCUAUUGAAAGAAAGAAAAAGGCAGAUCUUUGAAAAAAAUAUUUUAAUAAUUCCUCUCACUCAACAAAAAUUUAAAUUCGAUGAUCUCUCCCUUGAUCAUUCUAUUCUUAUCUUAUCGAGAAGUUUGGUUUCUCCGUAGUUAACAGUUGCAAAAAAGUAUCACGUGGUGAAUGUCGCGCCGGCGGGGCAAAGGGCAAAAAGAUCAAAUAUCAAAUCAUCAAGAAAAUUAUUCGCUUUCUAAAUAAAAGAGUUUAUUUUGAUUCUUUCAGGGUCUUUUGGCUUUGAACCCAAGAGUUCACGACAAGGCUAAUGCCGUCCCUAGCUACAUUACCAAACGAGAAAAAAACACAAUUGGAAACGAAACUCCGAUAAGGGAUGUGGAACUGGGGUGAGUGGAGUUUUUCUCUUCAUAGAAAUUAAGUUAUUUUUUUAAUGUUUUUUUCUCAUUUGAGGCUUGCGCCGAAAAAGUUGAACAACGACUUUCGCGACAUCAAGCACACGACUCUCAGUGAACGCGGCGCUUUGAAGGAAGCCAUGCGGUAUGUCUUUUUUUUUUUGAUUUUUCCCUGGAUUUGCUUCUAAUUUCCUUUUCCUUCAGGUGUUUGAAAUGCGCCGAUGCUCCAUGCCAGAAAAGUUGUCCCACUCAACUCGAUGUGAAAGCUUUCAUCACCAGCAUUUCCAAUAAGGUUCUUUGAAUUUCAAUCGUAAUCGGUAGUAUCAUUUUUCGAUGAUCAAUUCAAUUGCGACAUUUUCACAAUUUUUCAAUAUUGAAAGAUUACUUGGAAAAAAAGUUGAUCAAUAUUUAUAUUAAUUGUUUAUUUUUUUCUGAAGAGUUCUUCAAAAAAAUAGACAAUAAACUUUCGAUUCACAAAAAAAUAAUUUGAAAGUAUAAUUCAUUCUUAGUGUGGAGAGCUAACUAUCGACAAAACUAUCCAAUAUCGGUUUCAUGAGAUUAUUCCUAAAAAAAUUCUUUCUGAAAGUUUGAAGUGUUUAUACAUAACUUUGAAAGAAUAAUUUUUCAUUUUGUCGCUCUGUAUUUUUCAAAAAAACUUUCAACUCAAAAAUUCGGAAAGAAAGUUGGAAAAAAAAAUUCCAAAAGGCAUGGUCAAGUUAGGCUCGACAUUCCAAGAAGAACUUGGAAGUCGGAUUCGGACCAUGCCUAGGUGAGAAAGGUGCAGAAUUGUAGGUGAGCGGAAGCAAAGUUCCACUGGGGCAGAGCCCCGCUGCACCAUUUGACGCGAUCAUUUUUAUACCCCUCUCUAGCUGUUCACCCGACUGGCAGCGACUUUCGCCGCCCUGUAGGCUUUUUCACCGCCUCUUCGCCCGCUUGCGAUUUUUUAGUAGAUAGCUGUGGUUGCAGCGAUCCCGCUCCACGUUUUCAGCAACCCCGCACUACAUUUUUUUUCGAGUAACUACAGAAUUUUCAAAACGUUAAAUCUGUAAAAUUGCAGAUAAAAACAGUAUAACCUCAUUCGUCAGCUGCUAGCAAGUCAAACUCUCUGAGGCUUUGCAAAGUAAUCAAUUAGAGGGAAGUUUUCAGAACUACUAUGGAGCUGCGAAACAAAUCCUCUCCGAUAACCCGCUCGGUUUGACUUGCGGUAUGAUUUGUCCGACUUCGGAUUUGUGUGUUGGUUCCUGUAACCUUCAAGCCAGCGAAGAAGGUGCCAUUAAUAUCGGCGGCCUCCAACAAUUCGCCUGCGAGGUUCUCUUAUUUAUCAGCUGUUAUCAGAAACAAUUUUGUUUCAGAUUUUCAAACAAAUGAACAUCCGCCAGAUUGUUUCAAAAGAAAUCCGAGAAAGCCGUACUGCAGCUCACAAAGAGCCCAUCGCUUUUCUUGGUCACAUUUCACUUUUUAAUUAUCAAAAACAAACAAUUCUAGGCUGCGGACCUGCAAGUAUUUCUUGCGCUAGUUUCCUGGCUCGUCUUGGUUACACUGACCUCACCAUCUACGAAAAACGCCAGUUUAUUGGUGGACUCAGGUUUUCUAGUAACUUAUAAGUCUUCAAGAUCGAAGAAAUUUUUUUCAGCUCUUCCGAAAUCCCUCAGUUUCGCCUUCCCUACGACGUUGUCGAUUUUGAAAUUCAGCUCGCUCGUGACAUUGGAGUCAGGAUUGAAACUGACAGAAGUUUGCACACGAGCGAUAUAACUCUCGGAAAACUGAAGGUACUUUGACGUGAGAAAAGGAAUCAAAGUUUUAAAUUGAAAAUCUCUUCUGCGAUCUUUUGGAAUUAAAUCAAAGAAGUUAUAAAAGAAAAAUCAAAAAUAAUUUAGGCAGUAUUUCCAGAAAGUAUUUGGUUGACUCCAAUUUUCUUAUUCUGAAUUCUUCAAAAGUUCAUGUUUUUCAACAAAUAAAACCGCUAUUUCAUUUGAAAUAUUUGUUUUUUGCAGGAAGAAGGUGUCAAGGCUGUUUUUCUCGGCAUUGGAAACCCGGAGCCCAAACUUGAUCCUGUUUUCGAAGGACUUACUGUUGAGAAUGGUUUUUACACUAGUAAGAACUACCUGCCUUUGGUGGCUGCCGCUAGUAAACCAGGUAUACUUUUUCGGGUAGGAAAAUUAAUCCCGAAAGUUUAGGAAUGUGUGGUUGCAAGAGGACACCGCUGCCUUCGAUGAAAGGUCGUGUGAUUGUCCUUGGAGCAGGUUUGACUGGGCUGUGAUUUUUUAUAAACUUGAUAUUUUUCAGGAGAUACUGCUUUCGACUGUGCCACAUCCGCAUUGAGAUGCGGGGCCUCUCGAGUUACUGUAGUCUUCCGGAAAGGUUUCACUGGAAUCCGAGCAGUUCCGGAAGAGGUUUAUUAAACUUUAAUUUCAAAAUCAAGCAAAUAGUUUUCCGUGGUUGUUUAGAUGGAAGCUGCCAAAGAAGAAAAAUGCGAGUUCUUGCCAUUCUGCGCUCCAAAAAGAAUUAAUCAGAAAGAUGGACGUAUUGUUUCGGUCGAAUUUUUCAAAACGGAGCAAGACGACAAUGGCGAAUGGUCAGUGGUGCAAAUAGACUGAAAAAAAAACGUUUUUCAGGUACGUCGACGAAGAACAAUCUCUUACAAUCAAAGCUGAUUACGUCAUUUCUGCCUUUGGAUCCACUUUGAAGGAUUGCGAAGGUACUAUCAAAAAAAUUAAUUUUUCUGAAGAAAUUUUCAUUUUCAGUUUUGAAAGCACUGGAGCCAUUGAAAAUGAACAGAUGGGGAUCUCCAGAAGUCGACGGAAACACCCAACAAACUUCCGAGCCGUGGGUUUUCGCUGGGGGUGACGUUGCUGGCGUGGCCGAAACGACCGUCGAAUCUGUGAACGACGGAAAGGUAAAGCUUCUUCUCGACCUGAUUUACAAUUUACCAAAGCAUUUUCACAAUCGAAAAAGUCAAAAAAUGUGAGAAAGGUCAAAAAUGGGAGCUUUUUGAUUAUUUCUGACCUGGAGAGGAGAAAUUCUUCGCUCCAGGACUCUUCACCUUGCACAAUGACGCGCGGCAAUUUGCAUGCUCUUAGCGCUAGUUUCGAGCAAAUUUCAACCAACACGCUCUCAAUAUUCCCUCUACUUCUUGCAAAAACGUGUUUAUAUUUUCAGAUGGCUGCUUGGUCCAUCCAUCGCUACAUUCAGUCGCUUCAUGGCGUUGAAGUCCCCAAAGAGCCCAAAUUGCCACUUUUCUUCACUCCAAUCGACGAGGUAGAGAAAAAUAACUUGGGAACACAGCUUCAAUUCAAUUCAAUUCAAUUUAUUCAUUCUUGUGAGUAAGAUGGAAAUAAUCUCUGCUGAAUCAUGGUAUAAUCGAAAACUUAGUCGUCGGGUUACGGUCCACAAUCGUUGUCUAAUAAGUCCCGGCGUGAAAGCUAGCGUUGGGAAAUGAUGUGGGCCCAUUGGUAGUACCAGCGAAUAAACUGCUUCACCAUGUUGGAACAGUACAGCGCCCAGCUUGUCCAAGGCCGACGGGCGUCGGAAUAUUAUCUUAUGAAAGAACGACAAUGAGACCGACUAGUCAACGUGAUGAAAUGAGAUAAUAAUAACUUGCUCUGAAAAUAUUCUAAAAUCAGCUUCUUCAUAUUUCAAAAAAAGAAAAAGAGUCACGAAAAAAUUAAGAAAAUAUGUAUUAGUUAUCUUCGUUUUCAUUCGAUCAAAUAUUCUGUGAUAAAAAAAUUUUUAAAGAUUAUAUUACCUAGGUGGACAUUUCUGUCGAGAUGUGCGGUGUAAAAUUCGAAAAUCCGUUCGGCUUGGCCUCUGCUCCGCCAACGACAUCAGGACCCAUGUGCCGACGUGCUUUUGAGCAGGGAUGGGGCUUCAUUCUGACCAAGACCUUCGGCCUUGAUAAGGUACUUGGAUUUUGAAAAUUCUGAAAUGAAAUACUGAAUAUAGGAUUUGGUAACAAACGUUUCUCCUCGUAUCGUACGAGGAUCGACGAGCGGACCUGUUUAUGGACCUAACCAGGUUACUUCAUUUUUUAUUUGUAACAAUUUCCUGUAAGCAAUCUUUUCCGACUUUAAUACUUUUUUGAGUCUUCCAGGGCUCAUUCCUGAACAUCGAGUUGAUUUCCGAGAAAUCUGCGAAUUACUGGCUCCAGUGUAUCCGAGAGCUCAAGAAAGAUCAUCCUACCAAGAUCGUGGUCGCCUCCAUCAUGUGCACUUAUAACCAGGUGAUCUACAAGCUUCAAAACCAUCGGUUCAUUGAUAAAUAAUCAGGAAGAUUGGGUCGAGUUGGCGACGCGCAGUGAAGAAGCUGGAGCAGAUAUUUUGGAGCUCAACUUGUCUUGCCCUCAUGGAAUGGGAGAGAAAGGUCCGAGUGGAUUAUUUUGAAAUUUUUAUAUCAAUAGAUUCAAAGGAAUGGGACUGGCUUGUGGCCAAAAUCCAGCGAUUGUUCGCGAAAUCUGCAAAUGGGUUCGCAAGGCUGUCAAGGUUCGUUUUUGGCCUUCUUCAAAAUUUUUGAAGAUUUCUGAAAACUUCCGCCGAUGAAAAGAAAAGGGAUUUUAAGUUCAUGGUAACUCGGAAAAAACUUUUGAAAUUGUCGAAGGAACUGGCUAAUUCUCCCCAAUCUAUGAUGAUUACACAAUCAGAUAGUCAAAAUCGUCGAAAGGCCGAUUUUCUAUAAAAAAAAAUAAAACAGAGAAAAGGCUUUAGAAAAAAAACGCUUAAACGAGAAGAACUUUUACAGAUCCCAUUCUUCCCAAAAAUGACGCCUAAUAUCACCGAUGUGCGCGAAAUCGCGCGCGCGGCGAGAGAAGGUGGCGCUAGUGGGGUCACAGCGACGAACACAGUCUCCGGCAUGAUGCACAUGCGUGCGGAAGGAACUUCUUGGCCAGCUGUCGGAGACGACAAGAGGUUACCUUUUCUCAGUCCAUGAGGUAUUUGAAGAGGUUUCAACUCGAUUAUCUUCGAACCAUUUACGACUUAAUUUUUUGAAAAACUUGUUCAGGGCUCUUUUUAUAUUCCCAAGUUGAAAAACUCAUGAGAAACGUUUCAGAACAAUAUUUAAUUCUGAAAAAAACAACCUUUCAACUCUACAAAAUAUUUUUGAGACUUUGGUUUUUUUUUCUCAGAACUACUUACGGUGGAAUGUCGGGUUCUGCGAUCCGACCAAUCGCCUUAAAAGCCGUUUCUGCUAUUGCCAACGACCUUGACGGAUUUCCCAUUAUGGCCACAGGAGGAAUCGAAAGCGCUGAGACUGGCUUGGCUUUCCUGAACUCUGGAGCGUCUGUCCUUCAGGUGUAAUAAAUUUUGUCUCGAAAUCUAUUACUAAAAUACUCACUAAAAACAAUUAAUUUGCUUUUAAGGUAUGCUCUGCCGUACAAAACCAAGAAUUCUCCGUUAUCGAAGAUUAUUGUACUGGCCUUCGCGCUCUUCUUUACCUCAUGGUUUUUUUAAUACUUUUUUUAUAUCAGAAGUUUUUUUAUUUUUAGGGAGCUGAGUCUUUGAAAGAGUGGGACGGACAAUCUCCACCAAUCACGAAGCAUCAAAAAGGCAAACCAAUCUUGCUUCCUAACCAGGAGGUUUUUCUUUGUCAUUCUUUUUUUUCAAGUCUAUUCAAUUCAACUUGUUCACUAUAGUUGUCCAGUAAGUCCCGAAGAAUAACGUGGGUGCGUUGGUAGUACCAACGAAUCCAGAUAACUAUGCUGUGAACGAACUUUUUAUCUUCUAGAAGCUACCUUUCCUCGGAAAAUACCGUAAAGAACGCGAGGCGCGUGAGAGAGAGGCUCUGGACAAAGCCAAUCUCCUCAGUACUGAAGGAAUUCAUUAUUCCAGCCGUCCGGACACGAAAGUUACUAGUGUCCCAACAGUUCAGGUAGGUAAAUCCGGGAAAAUUUCCCAAAAUCUCUUGGUUCAGGAAGUUAUUGGCAAAGCUUUGCCGAAAAUUGGGCCAUAUGUUACUCUGAAUAACAAACAACAGAAGGUCGCCAUUAUUGAUGACGUCAGUUUCUAUCCCAGAAGAUAGUUUAUGAACUUUUAAAUUUAGGAUAUGUGCAUCAACUGCGGAAAAUGCUACAUGACCUGCAAUGACUCUGGUUAUCAGGUUAACAAUUUUGAAGACAAAUUUUCGAGAUCUGCUUUUCUUUAGGCUAUAACGUUUGAUCCAACCACUCAUCAACCACACGUCAAGGAGGACGACUGUACUGGAUGCACAUUGUGCUACAGGUAUGUCCAGAUUAUUUCAAGUUUCUUUUUCUGUAUAUUGCUUUUUGAUAAACAAAGAAUUUAAACUAUGAAACUGUAAAAUCAAUUCAAAGAGUGUGGGACCUGUCGUCUUUUUUAUCAUAGUUCCAACUAAGAAAUACUCUUGUUUUUGCUUUCUGCUCUCAAGAAGAAGCAAAAGAUCAGUAAAAGUUCACUUCGAAAGUGUUUUCAUCAAAUUCGACGUGAUCGAUGAAUUCUGUAAAAUUUUCUAAAGAUGAAAUCUGCAGCGAUUUUAUAUUGAAUAAUACUUGGGAACGAUUUUUCCAUUAUAUAUCAAAUGAAAAAUAACUUUAGAGAUUGUUAUUGACUUAUUUGAUCGGACUCCUGCGUAGCAUACGGCAGUUUUUCAUUUUUUUUUUUUACUUUCAUUGAAUUCAGUGUGUGCCCGAUCCCGGAGUGCAUCCAAAUGGUGCCGCGUAAGGGUCCUUGGAAGGCGCCGAAGCGCGGCGUCGUUCCUGACAUCGAGCCGGGUACUCCGAUGGUUGUCAAAGUCGACCAGCGCGGAAAAGUCAUCCUCGACCACACACUUGGAGGAAUGCAGUAA